CAGCAGACAGGGUACUGGGCUGGAUGGACUUUUGGUAUGAUCCAGUACGGCCAUUCUAAUGUUAUGUAGUGUUUGGUAUCUUAAUAGUGAAAACAAGCUCUAGAACUGAGAACAGGAGUCUACAUUCUCUCCAUGUACAACACGGUAUUCAGAAUGCAGACACUCAAACUUGGCAUCACAGCUAGAUACUAGAUGACUGGAUACAUCUUGAAUACUGAUUAUUUUUUUGUAUACUGACCUUGCAGUGUGUUCUUCCCCCAUCCCUGCUUUAUGGCUCAGAAUAUGGUCUUUUUAGAGUUUAAUGGCUGGAGCUGACAAGAUGCAUGACUGUUUGGAAGCUGAUAGCAGCCAUAAUGGCAAGGUAUAAAAAAAACAGUGACUUACUGCCAGAGACCCACAAAGGAAUCUUUAUUCAUUUUUUUUCAGCAUGCAAUUGAUUUGGGGGCUGAAUGAAAACUCCACGCUAUGAAUCUUGUGUGCAUUGAUCAUGGUCUCAGUUGCUAGAGAACACACAGAGGACCAGCCUAUUUACAUGGCAGUGAAAGGAGUAGUAUUUGAUGUUACUUCUGGAAAAGAAUUUUAUGGGAAAGGUGCCCCAUACAAUGCCCUCGUUGGGAAGGACUCAACAAGAGGGGUUGCAAAGAUGUCACUAGACCCAGAAGAUCUCUCACAUGACAUAACAGGACUCUCUGAAGAAGAGUUAAAAUCCCUGGAUGAUAUCUUCAAUGAUGUGUACAAAGCCAAAUACCCUAUUGUUGGCUAUACUUCUGAAAGAAUUCUGAAUGAGGAUGGCAGCCCCAAUCAGAACUUCAAACCUGAAGAUCAGCCACAUUUCAGCAUUAGAGAUGAAUUUUGAUGAAGGAUUUAGCAUUCUGAAAAUCCUCAGAUGAACAUUGUGGAAUAUUGUAAGACUUGAAAACACUGUUUCUAAGGCAGAAGAUCACUUUAUAUGAAUUAAGUAUCUUUUGUAUUUUUAUUACCCCUUCCUAGCUACAUGGAUGUUGGUUGAUUACUACUGUAGCGAAGUCCUUCAAGUAGUGCACCAAAUAAAAUUAAUCAGUAGCACGUAUUUGUAGUGUGCACCCCAUGGGGGAAUUAUUUCAAUAAAAUUCUCAUGUCAAUA